GAUUGAUCCUGGCAACUGAUGGCCGAGGAGAAGCACCACCACCACCACUUCUUUCACCACCACAAGAACGAGGAGGAUGAGAAGCCCGCCGAGGAGGUCUACUCUCACACCGCCUACACCAGCGGCGGCGGCGUUUACGCUGCUGAUGAUGCUUACACCGGCGGCGAGUACUCGACUGGCUACGGGCAGACCGCCGGUGGAGCUUAUGCCGACGAUGCAGAUUCUGCUGGCAGCGGAUAUACCACUGGUUACUCCCAGACAGCCGAGGAAGCGGUGGUGACGGAGUCGUCCACCGACGAGUACGACAAGUAUAAGAAGGAGGAGAAGCAGCACAAGCACAAGGAGCACGUCGGCGAGAUGGGCGCCCUCGCCGCCGGUGCCUUCGCAUUGUACGAGAAGCACGAGGCGAACAAGGACCCGGAGCACGCGCAAAGGCACAAGAUAGAGGAGGAGAUCGCUGCCGCGGUUGCAGUGGGCGGCGGAGGGUACGCCUUUCACGAGCACCACGAGAAGAAGGAAGCCAAGGAAGAGACCAAAGAGGCUCACGAGAAAAAGCACCAUCAUUUCUUCUAAGAGCUCAUGACACCAUGGAUGUUUAGCCACCACGGUCCUUGUGUGUUACGCCUCUUUCUCACUCUCUCGGUUACACCGAGUUGUCUGUGUGUGACCUUCUAUAUGUGUUACAUGUUUUCUAUAAACCUGUUUUAUGAUUAUAUGUUUCCUUGUCAUAAUAUACAACUUUAUGCGUUUGUUUUCUUGUGUUAA